GUGCAAACAUCAGACAACUGUAGCUGAAGGAAGGAAAGGUCUAAGUGGGGCUUAUAAAAAGAAUACCCGCCUCAUGCCUGUCAGAGUCCCUUAGAGAAGAGAUGGGCUCCGUCAUGGCAUUCCUCUUGUUCACCUGUGGUCUCUUACCAUUGUUGACUGAUGCUACGGGUAAGAAAUAUUCCAUGAAUUGUUUCUGAUUCAUCUUAACGAGGCUAGUGGAUCAUUGAUCUCUGCUUUCAAAGGAUCUCUUACAGCAUGGUUUCAAAGGAUCUCUUACAGCAUGGGGCAUGGUUUUCUGCUGCUUUUAGAAGGCAUUUGAAGGCACUUUAAACAUCUGAAGGUGCUGAAAAACUUUAGGGAAGUUUUUAAUGUUUGAUUUUUUAGUAUGUGAUGUGAGCCACCCAGAGUUGCUGGGGAAACUCAGCAAGAUGGGUGAGGUAUAAUAAUAAUAAUAAUAAUAAUAAUAAUAAUAGGCUCACCCAUACUUACCUUUGCUCCACAUUUCUAGGCACAGGUCUGGGAUUUUCAGGUCCACAUCUGACUGCUUAUUUUUGGACCUGGCACCCCUGAAAACCCACUCUUUACCACUGAAUUGGAGCAAAUGGCAAUCCAUGGAAAACCCAAAUUGCCAUUUCAUCCGAUUCAGUGGUAAAGAUUGGGUUUUCCUGGGAAACUGCUGGGCAAAAUAAACAAACAAAUAAGCACUCAGACAUAGACUGAGAAAGCAUGGCUGUUGGUCCCCAGUGUCUCUACCACAGCCCAGGUUGGGUGGGAUGCUCCAGCGGCUACAUAUGGUACCAGUCUGCGGCACACUGGGGAGGGGGGAAUGCCAGCCCAUCACAGGAGACAGCAUGAGAAGCAGUGGCUUGCUCUGCAUCCACUGCUUGCUCGCUGCUAGUUUUUGAAGCCACAUUCACAUGAUAUUAGCCACUAUCCAUAUUGAUGCUGUAGUUUCUUGACAAAUACUGCUGUUUGGUGUGUGAUUUUCUUAAACCAGCUUCAAAUAUGACUAGAAAACUGAAUGCUGAGUAAGUGGAAAUCGAGACAGCUGUUGCACAUGCAUGGGUGAAAACUACACUGUUUCCAUUUAAUGAAUUGUAGUUCUUAUUCUUACACCUUUGUCCCCUGUUUCCAUUUCAGUUGAUCAUCCCUGUGUCUUCCCAUUUAUUUACAAGAAUAAACCCUAUUCCUCUUGCACCAAGGAUGACCACCAUGAGCUGUGGUGUGCCACAUCGACUGACUAUGACACAAAAAACAUGUUACAAUGGAAAGCAUGUUCCCCUAAAGGUGACCUGUAUUUUCUCAUCAUCAUCAAUCUUUAUUACGGUCCAGAGACCCAACAAAACAUUACAAAUUAAUACAGAGUUCAUACAGUCUACCUCCAGGUUAAUCAAGCACUUUGUUUGGAAUAUAGGGCUCGUUUGUUCUUGCAACCACCGAUAAAAACUUUGCCACUGCCAACGUUCUAGCUUUUGUCCAGUCUUCCAGUAGGAACCUGACAUAGUGAGCCUCUGACUUUCCCGGGAAAGGCACCAGCAAGGGUAGUAUCAGUUCAGCCCUGGCCUGCUCAUACUUCGCACAAUGUAACAAAAUAUGAUCUAUGGAAUCGAUGUCUUGAGCACACGAGCAAAGUCUGUCCUGGGUAUUUUCUUCUAUUUCUGGUUUCCUAUGUCACACACAUGCAUAGCCAUUUUACUGAAAUAAAGUAGACAGAUCCUCCUCAUGAACUUUCCAUAGGCAUCUGAUUGGACAUUGUGGAAACAAAAUGUUGGAUUAGAUGGGCCUUUGGUCUGAUGCAGCUGAACUCUUUCUGUGCUCUUAAACAGGUUUGGGACUCCCAUCAGCAGCUUUUAUAGAUCUUCUUUAAACCCAAACUAUUACAAAUUUCCUUCCAAGGAUCAGUGAAAAGUUGCUUCAAGCAACAAGAGCUCUGAAGAAAUGAAACACAUCACCAGUAUGUUAAUUUGAAAAUAUGGUUCAAACUAUGUACCUAAGAGGCACUUUUGUACAAAUAUUUCCUACUAAUAAUUGAUAAAGAUUGCAUAGACCAUAAAAAUCACAUGUCAUCUUUUCUAACAUUACUGAUAUUACAUUGGCAUAAAUGCCAGCUAUCUUCAUGUCUUGUUUUAUAUCUAGUAUAACUGAAUUCAUGCACUUAAUCUUUCUUUAUACUUUCUUGUUUCUUUAACAUUAUUGUCAGUUGAGUAAUUGCAACCUGCUCUCACAGGCUCCUGCCCAAUUCUUUUGUCCUUGGUUUGUAGCUAUCUUUCUAAGUCUUUGCAAAGGAGAUACCUGGCAAGGUUUAUAUAUAUGUGACUUAUGGUAUCUAUAUGGUAUCUGAAGAAGUGUGCAUGCACACAAAAGCUUAUACCAAGAACAAACUUAGUUGGUCUCGUAAGAUGCCACUGGACAAUUUUUUUUAUUUUUUUAUAGAUUUCGACUGUGUCAGACCAACACGGCUACCUACCUGAAUAUAUGUGACUUGUUCACCAUUUUGUUUUGGUUUUUUUUGUAUUUUGUGAUCAUCACUAGUAUGUUUCAAUGCAUAUAAUCUCACUCUGUUUGGGUCUAGAGUAUGGAGGUAAUGAUGGUGGACGAGCCUGUGUCUUCCCCUUUGCGUACAAGAACCAAACCUUCUAUACCUGCACCAAUCUAGAUUCGCAGAAAGGGAACUUCUGGUGUGCGACAACAGGGAGCUAUGACAAGGACAAGAAAUGGAGCUACUGUGCUGAUACCAGUGAGCAUACUGCCGGGGCCUGGAAUAACAGGAGUGGUUGGCUGGAUGAAUAAUUAGUCAAGGCACUUUGUAGGCCAAGGAGAGUGAGCGGGAAGUUCAGUAUUCCCCAAUCUGGUGCCCUCCAGACAUUUUAAACUGCAGUUCCCAUCACCACUGACCAGUAGCCAUAUUUGUUGGGGACACACUGAUGUGAAACACCUGGAAGGCCCCACGCUGGGAGCACUUGCUUUGCAUGCAAAACAUCAAAAUUUCAUUCACCAGAAUCUCCAGGUAGGGCUGGAAGAGAGUCCUUGCCAGUCAGAGUAGACAACACCAAGCUAGAUGGAUCUAGCGUCUGACUCAGUUAUAGUGUUGUAACAGUGGUACAAUAGAAGUUAUAGAAAAAGGAAUAUUAUAGGACUCAGCUACAUUAGCCAAAACCCCACGUUUUAAAUGUGUAAAAACAUGCAACACCAGGUGGCACUGUAGAGCACAAAACUUUUCUAUCCGAUUUUAAAUAAUGUUUUUUUCUUUUGUUAUAAUGAUUUGAUUUAUUACUUAUUUAUAGUGUUUUUUUCCUGUGUGUAGAUCCAUCCUACGUCUUGUGACUCAUGUCACAAAGACAUAAUCCUCCCUCUCUCCCAUAGAUCAACCCAAAUAUCAUUCUUAAAAAUUAAUAUUUAUUGAUUUUUAAAAUAAAAGUUGAGAAGGUGGAUUGGCAUUACAAAAUGUUCAAAACAAAUACAAUCUUUCAAAAUAGGUGAACAUGGUUCAAACCAACACCAGAAAAUAAAAUAAAAAUAAAAUUCUACCACCAAUCAAUAUGUAUUAGUCAUCAGAGCCCUUUUUUCACUGUUUCAUAUUUUAAAGCAAAUAUUCUUGAUCACAAUGAAUACCAGAGAAUCAUGUGAGUAGAGCAAAAUAACUCGAGAAAUGUAGCAAAUUCACUGUGCCCACAAAAAGGGGGGUGGCAUAGAAUUACUGAACCUUUCUAGAGGAAUUAGUGCUGAUUUACAAGUCUGCUUUCAAUAUCUAGUCUCUAGUUUGGUACUUUUGAAUGUGUUGUAGGACAGAGAAAAUGGAUAGGAAAUAGGACAUUAAUGACAGGGUUAGGGAACCCCUGUUGUAUGAGAUGACCAUCCCUCUGUCUCUACCUUUCUGCAGGACUUUCUGCCAAUUCUCAUGGGCCGUGCGUCUUUCCUUUCAUCUACAAAGGCAAAUCCUACUCAUUUUGCACAACAAGUGGGGCAUCUACUGGAAAGCUCUGGUGCUCCCUCACCAGCAAUUACGAUACAAACCCCAAAUGGACUUACUGCGAUCCUUCAGGUAGGGGAUGAAAUCCAGAGGGAAAAGUCAGAUACCCUUAUUUUAUCAUUGGGGAACAUAUAAGAGGAGGUGGGUGGGUCAGAAGAGAGACAAGGUUUGUUUUGUGUGAUGGACUGGAAACAUCUUCUCCUCUUUGGCAAUUUUAUUCAGAAUUAAAUAUUCACAUUGGUGGGAGCCUACAUGGUGUACAUUUAUGGAGAAAAAUCAGGGGUGUGUAGGAUGUACAUUCAAGAUAUGAUUUUGGUAAUACUUUCGGAUGCAUCUAGAGUUUCAUCUUCUGCCUUCAAAGCUGGCUCAUGUGCUCAUGAGUCUGGAAACAGCAAAACUAUUGCAUAUGGACCUUGAGUCAGCUUUCUUCUUAUCGUGCAUUUCCCACUAAUCCCUCUUAAUGUAGUUUUUCAAUUCCCAAACCUUUUAUUUCUUCCUCAGAACCACGCCCUUGCACCUUCCCCUUCAUUUUCAAAGGGAAAUCCUACUCUGCCUGCACCAUGGAUGGAUCUGGAGAUAACACACUGUGGUGUGCCACGACUGCGAACUAUGACAAUGACAGUAAAUGGAAGGCAUGCGCCCUUGAAGGUAGGCCAUGUUGUGGCAGGAAACUUGUCAACUAUUUUCAGGAAUAAGGGAACUUAUUCCAUGGAAGUUUGGUAUAGAUGUAAAACAGUGGUUUACAGUGGUACCUCAGGUUAAGCACUUAAUUCGUUCCAGAGGUCUGUUCUUAACCUGAAGCACCACUUUAGCUAAUGGGGCCUCCCGCUGCUGCCGCGCCACCGGAGCCCGAUUUCUGUUCUUAUCCUGAAGCAAAGUUCUUAACCUGAAGCACUAUUUCUGGGUUAGCGGAGUGUGUAACCUGAAGCGUAUGUAACCUGAGGUACCACUGUACUAGGGAUUGCUAUAUGGGAUUGAUUGGGGCAAAAAAAAACUAAUAAGGAUAAUAAUAAUAUUAUAUCUGCAUAUGAAGUAUCUUUAAAUUCACCAUUAAUUUUGAACCAUCACUAGGCCUUAUUUUCAGUUUACAGAAGCCCCAUUGCUUGUGCUGUACUUGUACCCAGGCCAGGACCAGCCCACCCAUGAAGCAAGCUGAAGUGACUGCCUCAGGUGGCAGGAUCCAGAGGGGCAGGAAAUCUAGCUUCCAAAGAAUAUGCUGUCCAUUGCUGCCACCCCAGGGGCAGCAAUGUCUGCGGUGCGCUCCUUGGAGGCAAGAUCUGCUGUCUCUUCGGCAGCCUCCUCAAUGCUGCCUCUAUAGUGGCUUCUCGGUGAAUAGGGGGCACUGGUGGUCUCCUCCUACCCCUAAGGAGGAAAUAACGGGGGCUGCAAUCCGAUUGUUUUGUAGACUCAUGCAACAUCUGAACAAAAAGGACUGAAAACAGAACAUGGGAUAGGAAUGCUUGGGGAAAUGUUGGCUUGGAACCAAAUAUGGACACGCCACCUGAGAAUUUACAUAUAGUUUAAACGAAAACACUACCCACCAUUUGAAGUCGAUUAUGGAAAUCAAAAGUAUAGUCUGAGCUUUUAGGGUUGCCAUAUUUUGAAGAGCAAAAAAGAGGACACAUUUGCCAACUUCUACUUUUAGCUACAGAUCGCUAUGACAACUCUCAUUUUAAAUACCCUACUAUAUAUAGGCUAUAGAAGCUGUGAUAUAUUGCUAGUAGCAAUGUUCUUAACUUUCAACAACAAAAUAAUAAUAAUAAUACAUAUUGCUACCUCAAUUGGCACAUGAAAGUAUUUCAGCUCAUGUCCACAUCUUUGUGAGCAUAAAUGUGCACAGAACAAUUUAUUAAACUAUUUGACGUGUACAUACGGACUCUCCUUAAGGACAGGGGGAUGUUAACUGUUGCUCUCCCAGACUCCUUCUCCAAGAUCUUGUAGCUGAGCCAGUGUCCUUUUAGUUCAGCCACAAGAGAAGGGAUUUAUACAGUAUAUAGCUAGUUUAAAAUUCUGCUCUGUUGUGACUCUCUGCUGCAGCCUAGCUUAGCUGGGUGCCUUAAAUCUGAGUCUAAUGCACUAUAAAAAAAUUCCUGGGUUACUGUAAACAAAAAAACCAAACCAAAAAAACCUGGACAUUUUGCCAAAUUUUAAAAAUCUGCAGGACAGAAAUUUUAAUCUUGAAAAAGAGGACAUGUCCUAGAAAAAGAGGACAUAUGGCAACCCUAGAAAGGUUGCUCAGUCCCUGAGUGAUUGGCCUUUGUCCACUUCUUCAAUACAUAAUUUUAAAACACUUUUUCCUUUUUGAUCCUUCUUAUUUUUGUAUUCCCUGCAUCUGUAGAAUAUGAAGGGAACUCCAAUGGCCAGGCCUGUGUCUUCCCCUUCACCUACAAGGGCCGGAAAUUCUUUACCUGCACCAAUGAGGAUUCUGAUCAUGGCAGGUUCUGGUGUGCAACAACAGGCAACUAUGAUAAGGGCAAGAAGUGGAGCUACUGCGCUGACACAAGUAAGAUGAUGCUGAUGGUAGUGUGCUACUAAGUUUAGAAAACACCUGAAGGCAGCCCUGUUCAAGGAAGUUUUUAAUGUUUGAUGUCGUAUUGUGUUUCAAAGGGUGUUGAGGUAGAUAUUUUGGUUGCUAAAUCAAAGAAAGAAGUGUGAUGCGUCGUUAAGUCACACCCUCCAACCAGACUCCAAAUCAAAGAAAAGAAUAGGUUGACUUCCACCCAAUUCAGGUAUAUGUGGCUCACUGCCCGUCACAUUUUGGCACACAGUCAAGACCAGAAAACGCUGCUAGCUGACUGGAAUUUUAGUUUGAUUUAGCAAGCCCUGCUUGCCUGCCCAUUUGAUACUUCAGAUGACACCCCAAUUCCUUUGUUUUAUUGCGGACUUGUCACCAUGGCAUGCAAUUUAGCCCUUGUGGUGACAUGAUUGUUUGUGGGCUAUGGUUUUUUUGCUAACAGUGCCAAAACUCUCUUCAUUGUUCAAGAUUUUAUGUAUAAAUGCACCCAGAAGUGCAGUGGGUCAUAUCCCACUAACAUGUACUCUGAGUAUACCCACUGAAAUUAGCCAUGCCCAUUAAUUUCAGUGGGUCUACUCUGAGCAUGACUAACAUUUGCAGAAAUGAGUUGACAUUGUACAGUGCGUACGGAGCAUUCAGUAGACAUUAGUUGAUCAAACGGGAAUGGAUCUGGAAAAAGCCCAAUCUCCAUGGGUGCUGAAAACUUGAUGUAUGGUGCUUGCAAUAUGACUCUAAUGCAAGGUGUGGAAGUGCUAAAAGGCAAUGCUAUGAUGAGUCACUGAUGUUUAGCAUGGGGAGAGAAUUCUGGGUCACAGUGUCUGAGUCCACAGGUUUGUUCUAGAUAUAUGUUAUGAAGUAAAUCUGUUGUACUUCCCAGGACUUGAUAGUUGGAAGAAUCCUUUCCAUUUUUUAAUCAUUUGGGCUAUAAGUUUCAUUGGAACUGUUCAACAUUAAUGGUAUUUUGACUACUCUGUUCUCGUUUUCCAGGAGUUCAACCAGGUGGCGGCGAUGAAUGUCAGUGAUUCCAGCUAUCCAGUUUGGAUCACAACAGGUGGAUGGGUAAAAGAAAGGUCAUUGGGUGUGCCGACUAGAAGCCUUGCUAAGUGGGUUGUGCUGCAAACAAUUUAGAAGAAUGAUGAUCCUGUGACUUAUAUAUAUAUAUCUGCUUUGGGAGGGCUUUACCCUGUGAGGUGGCCUACAAAUAAAUAAGAUGUGGCAGUGGGAGAUUAUUAAUCUUUGUCAAACUGUAUCUUUGUGCUACAAAAAUAAAACAUUUCUUCUAGUUUGCUGGGCAGCAUAAAAAAA